GCAAAAGUGCAAUUGAAUAGCAGAUGCAGAACCCUCUAUACAAAACAGGGCAUCGGUCUGGUUUGGACUCCACUGUCAAUAGCGAGUUUGAUGAUAACGUGGACAAGUAUAGGGAGCUCAGGACGGAAUCCUUCUUAGGUUACCUCAAUCGAGGGAACCCAGAAGGCUUGAAUAGUCCAGUUCCAUCACUACCGGACCUUCCGGAUCCAAUUCCCCGUACUGAAAAUCAUCCUGUGUUGGCGUACAAGGUAGAAACUUCUGAGGCCCUCAAUCAACCCAUCAGUACACACAAUACUUCACAAUAUUCCCCUCAAACUUCAAGGAAUGUAUUCCAGACCAAUCUUCUAAGCGACGAAUAUCGUCGACUAUCACCAGCCACUCCCUUCGCCGACACGCCCACACAGGACACAAGAGCACUAACACCACUGAUCAUAGACCCCCCGACAGCUAUCUCUCGCCAUUCACACUAUACCGUUGGAUCCGGAUUGGGGGAUCCAUCUGACUGUGACGCUUACCGAUACUCAGGCAUGAGCUUUGGAGACCAACCACUUAAAAGUAGGGUGAAUAGGACAGUCAAACCUUCCCGUCGGAAACGCGCAAUAUUCAUAGUCUCUGUCGUAGUCGUUGUUUGCACCUGCGCUAUCAUUGGACUGGUAAUCGGCCUGAUAACGAAAAAUAAAGGCGUGAAACCCGACAGUGAUGGCGUUACUAGACUACCACGGGGUGACAAACUUUGGGGUGUCGGUGGAGAUACCAUUACUACGGACAAAGGAAACAAAUUUUUAUACAACAAUACACUAGGCGGCACAUGGGUUGGAAUUCCUUAUAACGAUACUGCUCGUCCCCAGGCCAACCAACCAGCACUGAACGAAAGCUGGGAUUACUCGAAUCACAAAAUCCUUGGGGUCAACCUUGGUGGUUGGCUAGUCAUUGAACCAUUCAUCGCGCCUGGUCUUUUUGAUCCGUACGUCCAGGAACAGAACCCUCCGAGUGACGAAUGGGAGCUUAGUGUCCGGCUGGGAAGUUCCCUGGCAAAGACGAUCGAGGCUCAUUAUGACAGCUUCAUCGUAGAAGAAGAUUUUGCGCUGAUUGCUAGCGCGGGUUUAAAUUGGGUUAGGAUUCCAGUGGGUUGGUGGAUGAUUGAGACUAUGGGAUCUGAACCCUUCUUGGCUGGAGUUUCUUGGAAAUACUUUUUCCGUGCUAUUGUUUGGGCAAGGAAGUAUGGCCUGCGGAUUAACCUCGACUUACACGCCGUUCCUGGUUCUCAGAAUGGCUGGAAUCACUCGGGUAGAUUAGGAACUAUCGGUUUCUUGUCAGGGGCAAUGGGGAUCGCCAAUGCUCAAAGAACUCUGAAUUACAUUCGCACUCUAACUGAAUUUAUCAGCCAGCCAGAAUUCAAGAACGUAGUGCCUAUGUUUUCUAUCUUGAACGAGCCUGAUUUCACCUUGGGGUCAACCAAAGCUUUGGUUUCGUGGUACUAUGAAUCUUACAAAUUGAUUCGACAGAUUGGUGGUAUUGGAGAAGGGAACGGCCCAUUCAUGGUCAUUCAUGACGCCUUUCAGGGAAUCGGAACAGGCGGCCCAGCUAAAAACCCUUGGAGCGGGUUUUUACAGGGUGCAGAUAGGAUGGGGCUUGAUUCUCAUACCUACUUUGCCUUUACCACCCAGCUAAGCGAUGUGAACGCCACGCGGCCUUGUAACGCAUGGGCCGCCCGCAGUAACCAGACCAUGGAGGGGUUCGGUUUAACGAUGAGUGGAGAGUGGUCAUUGGCGCUCAACGACUGUGGACUAUACGUUAACAAUAUUGGCUGGGGAGAACGCUACGAGGGUACAUAUCCCAAUGCUACCAGACCGGACCGUAGGUUCCCGAGAAUUGGAAGUUGCGACCAAUGGCUUGACCACCGAAAAUGGUCUGAUACCCAGAAAAAAGCCUUUGCGGACACCGCUUUAGCUUCCCAAGACGCGUUGAUCAACUCGUUUUUCUGGACAUGGAAAAUCGGAAACUCUCUAAGGCAAGACUUCCCGCCCAAUCCAAUGUGGAACUAUAAGCUGGGGCUUGAAGCUGGAUACAUCAGACCGGAUGCACGAACCAGCGCGGGUCGAUGUGCGGCAAUUACCUCUGAAGCUCAGGUACCACUCACUACAUACGAUUGGUCAGGGACCUUGGCUUCAUGGCAAACAGGUGGCGCGGGAGCGGGCAACAUUUCACAAAGUCAAAUAGAUUCUGUCGGCCCAUUCCCGCCAGCAAUGAUUUUGGGUGCAGCUCCGAGCGGCCAGGGUACUUACAAUACUCAAAGCCUUCCUCAGCUCGCUCCAACGGGACCCCCCAUAAUCCUUAAGCCAAUCCCAAUCGUAAUGGACUCGAAAACGUUCAGUGGAGGGGACGGUUGGUUUAAUAAAGCUGACAAAGCCGGAUUUUUUGCCCCCAUAAAUGGCUGCCAAUACCUUGAUCCUUGGUCUGGCGUUGACGUGCCCGCACCCUCAGCGUGCAGUUCAAAUCCUUCGAGCUCGAAGCAACCAAAGCAAUCCAAUACUAAUACUCCAAAUUCAAGUUUAAAGGCUUGAAUGGAAAACGGAAUCUUUGACAUAAUCUUAACAUUUCCUUCACUAUCUCUCCCUUUUCACUGAAAACCCCUAAAUGUAUCGUUGUAUUGAACAUAAUAAAGUUUAACGUGUUGAGUGGUUUUAUUUUACAAAAAUUUGGACUAUGUCGGGCGAGAUUUCUUUCUUUCCUAAUUCACAUGUUUUUGGUUUUUAGAAAAGAGAUGCAUUCAUUUCACAUUGUUCUUUCUUUUGAUUUUGCAGUAAACAACAUUUUUGCAAACUAACACAUGAUCGCUUCUUGAUUAUUGGACCAGA